UCCACCUGCAGCGGCUCACCUCACAGCAGCUCCUUGCACACCUCCUGAAGAGACUCACCGAAGCAGCUCAGCUGAAACCAGACCCACGAAGACACAGAGACAUGGCCUCUCGAGUUGCAGCUCUGCUCUUGCUGGGUGUCAUCUGCUUCAGCCUCGCAUCAGGUGAAAUGGCAGUAGACUGCUGUCUGCAAGCCUCAACCAAACGUUUGCCCUCAAGAAACAUUGUGAGCUACUUCAUUCAGGACGCUGGGAACGGCUGUGAAAAGAGUGCUACUGUGUUCAUCACAAACAGUGGAAGACAACUGUGCGUCAUCCAUCCCAGCAUGGCAACAUGGGUGCAGAAACUCAUCACCCUUGUGGACAGGAAAAAGGAAUCAAAGCAGUGAACGAGGUGUAGAGACGAGUGGACUGAGGCAGCUGAAGACUAAACUGAGACAUUCCCACAUUUCCAUUUCCAGCAAAUAGUUUGAGAGGACCAGAUUUGAAAAAGAAAAAAAAAAAAAAUCACUUCUUCUUAUUUAUGACUGUGGUUCACCACGACAGUGCCUCUGAGCUCUUGUUAAAUGUGCAGUUCUGUAUGUCUGUAUGUUCUUCUCAGUUGCGGUGAGCGGGGCUUAACUAUGGUCAAAUCGCUUCCACUGAGCGGUUUCUGAUUUUUCUUUUAUGACUUCCUGAUAAUCAUCUCUGUGAGUGGCAUUUUGGAUGGAAACACUAAUGCCUGCCUUGACUUGCCACUAGUCACAGCACUGUGUGAAAGAACUGAAUUUAAAGUGAAUGGGUUUUUGAAUAAAAUGUGAUUAUUUGUGUAAAAUUAUUACUGACAGUUAUUUUGAAAUAAACUUUGAUAUGAUUUUGUA